UCUUCUAAACUGUGGGCCCACUGGUUGUCGAAGCCCGGUGUUCACCCUGCCUCACAUCGUGCCUUCUGGGGGUCUGGUGCCGCAAAGGACACACAUACCUGGGACAGAAUAAAUAAUCUAUAUCUCUGUGUUUUUGUCAGAAACGCAUGAUUGGACUUGUGCUGCAGGGUGAAGGGGCUGCGAGGGGAAAUGGCAUGUUGAGGGGGGAAGCAGAGGACAAGUCGCUCCUUCGAGAGACGAAGGUGCCAUAAAAAUUCCACACAGAGAAAAAACCAAACGGAGAGGGCGAAGCGUCAAGUCUCUAUUUAGGCUUCGUGUGUGUGUGUGUGUGUGUGUGUGUGUGUGUGUGUGUGUGUGUGUGUGUGUGUGUGUGUGUGUGUGUGUCGGGCUCUGUGCGGGUCAUCCGGUUUUUGUAGUCCUGCUUAGAAUAAACACGGAGAGCAGCAGAUUUACACUGUUUAAUAAGUACAUCGAUCAGGUGACAAUAAAAUCUGGAAAGAGUUCGACUGGAUUUGUUUUUAUUUUUAAAUGAAAAGAAUAAUUUCCCAACAUAUAACUUUUAUUCUAUUUCUUAAAUAAUGUUAAUAAUAAUCAAUCGUCAUUCUGUCUCUGCUGCGUUGUAACUAAUCGAUCAGACGAUAGUUGUAAACAUUUCUUCUUCAAUAUCAUAGAAAAUAAUUGGUUGAGAAAUAUAUAUUUUUUUUAACUGGAAAUAAUAUUAAUCAUUCCACGCUUCCUCACUGCAGCCUCGUGAUUAACAGGAAGAGCUUCUGGCACAACGCAGAAACUAAAAAUACGAAUUAUGAUCUGAAUAUUGUGGUUAUUUUAUAUAAAACAUUAUGGCGUCAUUUUAUCGAUUAAUCGCGUCCAAAAUGUCCUUUUCCAAUAAUUUCUUUAUUCCUCUCGCUGCCUCUUCUCCUUCUUUAAAUUGCAGAUUGGCUGUUCUGCGCAUCUUCUUCUGGAAAUGACAUUUUCAUGUUGUUCUCGAUCUUUUGUUGAUAUGUCACGAGCAUGAAAAUAACAAAAGCAGCAUUUCGAUAAGACACUGACUGCUUAAAAGUCCAAAUGAACGAUGAUUCGGAGCGCGUAAUAAAGUCGCGUCACAUAAAGAAAGCUAACAACAUCAUCCGGGGGCUUAUUGUUUGGAAUCUUUCAAUUUUAAGCAGCCCGCAACAGACAGUAACGUGUAUUUACGUGCCUUCAUAUACAGCCUAUAUUUAAAGUUAUUCAUUCUCGAUGUUGCACAACGGGCCCUGAAUGUCACUCUGUGUCAUGUUAUUCGACAAAUGUUGUGUUUGGUGUUUUAUCUUGAUCUCCAAAACAUUUAUUCUUCAGUCUUUCAGCCACAUGAGCGCUCCUCCACUUGUUUUAUGAUUAUAAAGAGAAAGAAAAGUGUGGAGAAGAAAAAAAAAACCCCCCGCGUUGCUUCGCUUUGAAUGGGCUUUUAUUCUAUUAACUGCGCGGACUAUUUGCGCUCAUCGCCUAUCAUAACAUGCACAACAGAUUCUGAUCGAAUUAUUUCUGUACACUGUGCUCGCAGAGAUUGCACUCUCAGCGUGUCACUUGUUGUAUUGUUUAGGAGCCCGUUGGUUUUUGCCGCAAUGCUCGUUAACCUCCGAGUGACCCCGUGUGGAGCCCACGCCUCGGAAAGCGCCGCAGACGGGCAGUGCGCCUCCUGGGCCAGAGGAUGGCGCACCACGACAGUCCAAGACAGCCGAUCCCCGGCUCUCAGCUCGCCCGAGCCAAGAGCGCAUGGAGGCGCGCCCCCGUUACAUCCCACCCAGUAUUUCCUCAGUGCACGAGUUUACCUCUGGAGGUCACCAAGCAGGAUUUACGACUGGUCAACAAAAGCACGUGAUUCUCCGCCGUACCCCAUAUUUGGGUGCCUACGUAAGAGAGAAUCAAGUCCAUGUCCCACUCAUUUCCAUAAUUCAUCAUAAAUUGUGCAAGGGUGCUAUAGGACGCGCUAAAGCUUAAGAGCCACAAAUCACGCACACAGGUUUGUGCUGUUUUACCUCCCUGAACAAUAAAAACAACAACAACACCUGCAACGAGCAAACGGUGGAAUUGUCAACAAAUGAGCUCCUAUUUUGUGAACUCAUUCUGCGGUCGCUAUCCCAAUGGCGCGGACUUCCAGUUACAUAAUUAUGGAGACCAUAGUUCGGGAAACGAGCAAUACAGAGACUCAACAACCAUGCACUCCAGCAGGUAUGGCUAUGGCUACAACGGGAUGGACCUAACAGUCGGACGGGACGGUACCGGACACUUUGUGGGCAACGAGCGGACGCGGGGCUACUCCCCGAGUCACUCAGCGGCGACAACACCCUCCGUGGAGCCGGUCAGGUACACCCAGUCCGCCACCAGCACCGGGACAGCGUCUCUAUCUCCAGCACCACCUGACCCACUACCGUGCUCCUCGGUCGCCAGCUCGUCCCCGGUCACCGAGACUCAGUCCCAACACCGAGCCGUGAAAAACUCUCUAACGACCCCGUGCUCAACCCCGUGCUCGAGCUCGAACGGAGGCACGCUGCUACUCAGCCGGGACUGUGUGUCCAAAGCUUCCCCCCUCGAGGAGGAGAAGCCUGCGGGAAGCGCACCGACAACUCCACAAAAUGUCAGCGACUCGACACAGCCUCAGAUAUACCCGUGGAUGAGGAAACUACACAUAAAUCAUGAUUUGGCCGGACCAGAGGGGAAGAGGGCCAGGACUGCGUACACCCGGUACCAGACCCUGGAGCUGGAGAAGGAGUUCCACUUCAACCGGUACCUGACCCGCAGGCGGCGGAUCGAGAUCGCCCAUGCCCUCUGCCUCUCAGAGAGACAGAUCAAAAUCUGGUUUCAGAACCGCAGGAUGAAGUGGAAGAAGGACAACAAGCUGAAGAGCAUGAACAUGGCGGCAGCAGGCGGGGGAGGCUACAGGCCUUGAUAUCCACCAUGAGAAAUAAAACAAAGAUUGUCAUAUCAACUUCUCCUCCUCCUGUUCCCAAAAAGAGCGCAGAGACUUUGUGACCGGUGCUGUGUGCGGGGACGAGGGGACCCCCCCCCCCCACCUGAGCCCACUGUAUGUCCAACUCCCGUCCCCAUUAUACUCCCUAAUAUUAUUUCCUUUGUUAUUUUCCACCGUGGUAAUGCUAAUGUGAGUUUAAAAAAAAAAAAAGAAAAGAAAAGAAAAAAGAAGAAGCAGCAUAAUGUACAGUUCUGUCUAGAUUUAGAGGAUAAAGGGAAACAAAAUAAAUGUUUGUUUAAAUUAUUUCUUGUUAAGACGAAAAAAAAAA